AACAAACGGAUGCGUGGCUGUGGUGGAAGAUUGUGUAACCAGAUAAUGUACAGCUUUGUCUAGCAAGUACUGAUAAUUGAAUAACUACACACAGCGGGGAUAGUUUCGGUGCAUUAGCUCGUUCAUUUGCAUUUAAGUUUCAGAGUUGAUAGAGGAAAUAUGUCAGAUAAACCACCGAUAGUGCGAACAAAACUGGGAAACGUAUCAGGAGUAAAAGCCACCCUCCCGAACGGAUUGAACUGGUAUUGGUACAAGGGAAUACCUUACGCCGAACCUCCCGUUGGAAAUCUCCGGUUUAUGCCGCCAGUUCCGUUGGAGAGGUUUAAGAUUCAUCUUUUGGAUUGCACCAAAGAAGGAAAUGUGAGUCUCAGCAAUAGUUACAUUCCACCGGACAGUAUAGGAUCAGAGGAUUGUUUGUACUUGAAUGUGUAUACGCCAAGUGGUCCAAAUGCGCCGCGUGAGGAAAAACUUCCGGUUAUGGUUUGGAUUCAUGGCGGUGCCUUUUGUAGUGGGAGUGGUAAUUCUUCGAUCUACAAUCCGGAAUAUAUGGUGCAGGAAGGAGUCGUGGUUGUGACAUUUAAUUAUCGAUUGGGACCACUCGGUUUCCUGUGUUUACCUUCGAUGGGUAUCUAUGGAAACAUGGGACUUAAGGACCAACGACUGGUUUUAAAAUGGGUACACGAUAACAUUGGGGCCUUUGGUGGUGACCGUCGGAAUGUAACACUUUUCGGAGAAAGUGCUGGUGGUUGUUCAACGCAUCUUCAUUGUCUCAGUCAGGAAUCUGCGAAAUAUUUCCAUAAGGCAAUUUGCCAAUCGGGAGUUGCCACAAGUUAUAUGGUGCUACAAAAAGACGCCGAAGUGAAGGCCCGGCGGUUAGCACAAUUUCUCGGCUGUCGAGGAAACACUGAUUCGGAGAUUUACGAAUUUCUGUUGUAUGUAUCGGCGGAAGAAAUUGCUAAUAAUCAAACAGGUGCCUUAACCGAAUAUGAACAAACGUUGGAUUCUCUGUACCCAUUCAAACCAGUCAUCGAAGUUAUGGAAUCUGAACAGCCCAUAUUAACGAAAAAUGUAAUCGAUCUCAUGAAAACUCCAAAUAGAAUCUUGAUUCCUAUUAUCAUGGGCGUCAAUAGUGAGGAAGCCGCUUAUAAAAUAAACACUUUGGUAAAUAAUUUUGAAAGAUACCGCACCGAAUCAACUCGAUUCGUACCAGACUCUCUUGAUGUACCCGAGGAUCUCAUGAAAUCUGCCGCCGGUAAAAUUCUCAAAUUUUACUGCGAUAGCUGCGAACCAACGGUUGACAAGGUUCAUGAACUAACUCGAAUAUUUUCCGACAAUUUAUAUGUUAUACCUACGUUACAAGCACUUGAACUGGGCAAAACUUUUCAAAAUCUAUCAACUACUUAUUUCUAUCAGUUUGCCAUGGAAGCAGAGUUGAACAAAUAUCGCCAGUUGUGGAAGGUACCGGAUGGAUUUCAAGGAGCUUGUCAUGCAGAUGACGUUUGCUAUUUGUUUAGUUCGUCAUUCUUUUUCACGAAAGCGGUCAAAAACGGAUCUCGGGCUGAUCGGUUGAGAAGAACUGUGUGCAAAUUGUGGACCAAUUUUGCCAAAACCAGCGAACCUACUCCAGCGGGCUCCAACAUGGGCUUUCAGUGGCUACCGUACAGUUCGACAAAAGAAAACAACCUAAAUUGCUUGCAGCUGUCGGAUGAUACCAAAAUGAUAGAAAAUCCUUUCCGUGAAAGAAUGCAAUUCUGGGAGGGUAUUUACAAUCGGUACAAUGGAUCUUUUCUGAAACCAAAGACGACUUAUAUUUAGAUAAGAUUACGAUUCCAAAUUAGGUAUACUGCUUCCUUCUCUUGAAAGUCUUCGAUAAUUUAUUUUGUAUUUAUAUUCAUAUGUUUUAAUGCUGUAUUUAUGAUAUGCUUGA